AUUUGGUGUAUCCUAGGUAACCUCGAGCCUUUGUUUUUUGGCUGUGACAACAAACUGAACUAAUUUAGGGGCUGUUUACAUGAGCCCAGUUACCACAGAUUCAACGAAGCGUGAGAGGACUUUGAGGUAUUGAAAUAACUAAAGUCUUUAUGACACCAAGCAAGCACAUGAUAUUGUUGUGUUGAUUAUACGACUGCCAGGAUCAUGUUAUCUGCUCAUUUCAAUACCUCAAAAUCAUCUCACGCUUCGAUGAAUCUCGGGUAACCGGGCUCAUGUAAACAGCCCCUUAAUUACUUAGGUAUCUCCAGACAUUUACAUACCUACCGAUUUCCUCUACAUGCUCGGCAUGCACGUUUAUUUUUCGUGCCUUUUAAAAGUAAAUAAUAGUCGACGCUUGGCUGAAACUUAACUUUGAUUCAGUCAAGAACUCUUUACAAAAGGCGGGUACUUACCCACUUCGCAUAUACAUUCAGGAACAAGUAUUUUCACUACAGGAGUAUCAAAGGUCAUGAUGUUCGUGUGGUUAGCAAUAUCCUUGUGUUUGCACAUAACCUUAGUUAUAUAUCCAGCACGGGCAGAAUUCGAACAAGAAAGUUUAAAAGCCCAUAACAAAUAUCGAGCUAUCCAUAAUGUCCCUCCAAUGAAACUAAACACGGAGAUGAACGCACAAGCAGAAAAAUGGGCUCAACAUAUAGCCUCAGAAGGCAUGUUACAACAUUCUGAUAGCGAACAAAGGAACGGGGAUGGCGAAAAUCUCUUUUAUCGUUGUCAAAUGCCUCUUACUGGUGGAUUUGCUACCACUGAAUGGUACAAAGAAGUGUGCCACUAUGAUUUCAAUACAGGCAAAUCAGUCAAUGGCAAGACAGUUGGUCAUUUUACCCAAGUUAUUUGGAAGGAAAGUCUGGAGCUUGGCAUCGGGAAAGCUACGAAAGGGGGUUGCACUUAUGUCGUGGCACGAUACAAACCACCGGGAAAUUGGAUGGGAAAGGAAAAGGAGAAUGUUCUCAAGGGAACUUUCGAUAAGUCUUUCUGUAGAAAUCGCAACUGAGUGCAAACAGGGCAAAGCAGGUGUGAAGAAGGGGGAAGUGCAACCGGGGGGAGGCAAGGGAGAUGUACCCACUCAGUUUUUAAAACCUAUAGGCUCACAUUCAUUAGCAUAUGAUUCUUGUUCGU